AUGGGCUGCGGGGCGCUGCUGGGCGCGGGCUGCCUGCUCUGCCUCGUGGUGUUCCUGGUGCACACCAGAACCUCUGCAGUGCGGUCAGCCCUGUCCAAGGAUGUCUUAUUUGACUGUGCCUUCUCCACCGAUCACCGAGCAGCUGUGACCAUCCAAUGGGUACUGCAUCAGAAAGGAGGGCUCCAGAGACCCCUGUUCACUUACGACGGAUCCCGUAACCUGGUGGAACAUGCAGCUGACCGAGCGAAGAUGUUCCUAGAGGAAAUCCCCAAGGGGAAUGCCUCUCUCUUACUCAGAAAUGUGGGAAUGAGAGAUGAAGGAAUGUACUCUUGCUCAGUGUCAGUGUCAUCUCUUACUGGGCAACAGGCGAUCCAGCUGCAAAUAGAAGAAAAACCCACAGUGUCCGUCAAUGCUGUCUCCCUGUCCCUGGUGGAAGGAGAGCAGCACAAGCUGAUCUGCGACAUCAGGAACUACUACCCGCUUGGUGCCCAGGCUCAGUGGCUGCGGGAGCUGGCGGGGUCCAGGAAGGUCCCGGACGUGGUGAGGAACGUUAUCCCCAGCAGCCACAGAGAGAGCAGCAACGGGACCUACAGCUUCUCCCAGUACUUCCUGCUCACGGCCUCGCUGAGGGACAACGGGCACACGUACACGUGCCGCGUGGAACAUCAGAGCCUGCGGACCCCCAUCAGGAGAAGCGUCGUGGUGAAAGUGAGAGUGAGGAGCACUACUAAGGACGGGCAGUACAAAGAAGUGACUCCACCUUGCACCAAGUGUGCUUCAUCUCAGCUGGAGAUAGGAUUUGCCAAACCCAGACUCUGCUUCAGCACAACCCCAUAG